ACACGACAGUCUACUUCCGACCGGCGGCGCGCGCGCAUUAAGUUCGCGUUACUACUCUUUCAUGCAAACGUUUCAUACAAACCGUUAUAGAACACUUCAUACCAUUUAUUGUGAGGCAGAUGUGUUAAUAUGAAGAUUUGGAUUUUAUUUUUGUGUGCACUCGUCGUUGGGGCUUCAGCCCAGAGCGACGAGUCUGCUAGUGAUUGGGAUGAUGACUGGAAAGAGUAUGAUGAUGAGUGGUUCAAAACAAGACUCGCACAACUUGGCAUCUAUAAUGAUGAACAAAAAGGCUCUGAAGAAGAUAGCGACUUUAACGCUAGUGUCGAAAGAGAGCAUGAUGAAAUCGAUAAAAUAGUGCAAGAAGACAUAAAAAAAUACCAAAAGGUAGAACACGAAGCUGAAGAUGAAAGUAAAAUAAAUGAUUAUCAGUUUGAAGAUAAUAGGUCUGAGCAAAGCAAAGAACUUAAUGAUGAUGCUGAUCCGAUUCGUGAUAGUGAUGAUAGAAAUAAUCAAUAUUUUAACAGUCAUUUAGAAAGUGAAAAUGAAUACAAAGAUAUGUCUGAGCCCAUUCGUGACAUUGAUGAUGGGAAUAAUGAAGAUGUUAGUCAUUCAGAAAGUGAAAAUGACUAUGAUGACUAUGCUUUAUAUGGCGGUGAUGAUUUAGAAGCAAAUGUUUCAGAUAAUGAAGAUUUGCAAAUACCAGAACCGAAAUAUUCUAAAGAUGAUAACAUUGUUCCUCUUCCACCUGCUGAAUCAGUUGAAGAGAUCAACCGAAUCAUGGAAGAAGCACAGACUAUUAUAAAACAAGAAGCAGAAAAACCUAACGAUUUUGCUGUCGAUGAUAAAAUUGUAGAAGUAAAUAGCAACCAGCUAAAUGAUAUAGUGAAAGAAACCAACGCUAUUUUGGCGGAAAGCCUAAAACCUAAUGAUUUUGCUGAAGAUCAAGCAAAAGAAAACAAUCUUGACUUCCUUGGGGAUAAUGAAAAACAUAAAGAAAUUGAUAACGUAAAUCAGAUUGAUAUUGCCAGUAAAGAAGAAGUCAAUGAUGAUAAUUCUAGCGUUAAGGCAGAAGAUGAACAUGAUGAUACAGUUGAUAUAAUUUACGAAGAUUUGAAUGAAGACUUAGACAAGUUAUUUGAAACUUUAGAUACACUUUCCAAAAGCAACAGCCAAGAAGAUGAGAAACUUAAACCCGCUGAUGUUGAUUACGCAGUAAAUUCCGAUGAAAGUUUAGACGAUAAGUCUGAUUAUGAAAACAUUUUUGACAGCAACUUAUCUGAUCUAUUUGCACAACACAGCGAAGCUAAGGAAGAUGAUACUCCAGCUAAAAUAGAAGCUGAAGGCAGUGAAAAUGAUGAUGAUCAUCCGAUUAAAUAUGCAAAUAAACAAAAAAAAACUGAAGAACUAGUUUUAGAAGAAGUCCCAUAUAUCAAUGAUGCUCUACUCUCUGAUGACAAAAAUGACGGAAAACUAAAUAAAUCUGUCAAUGUCGAUGAACUAUCAGACGAUCAGCUUGUACAAUUGAUGAAAGAUUUUGAGAUCCAACACAGCGACGUAUUCGAAGUUGAAGCUCUUUCAGAUGACCAUGUUGUCAAUGAAAUCACUUUAGAAUAUGGCGAAACUAAGGUUAUUUCAUCAGAAAAUUAUCCCGCAGGAUACCCAACCAACAGAGUUGUAGAUUGGAUUAUCACUGGCAAGGGACAGGGCAUCGAAUUGAAUGUGACUGACUUAGCUGUGAAUAGUGCCUUAGGGGACUACCUCAUGGUCAAACCAGGUCAAGUGGACGACAGCGGUGCUGAAGGCAUCAUCUUCUCGUAUCACCUGAACGAGCCACGCGCCUUCCGCUUUAUAGACGUGGACAGGAUUUUCAUCCGCUUUGAUUCCAAGAUAGGGAUGAGCUGGAUGCGAGGAUUCAGCCUUACUCUUAAAGUAAUAGCUCCUCCGGCCAAGGAGCCAGAACCCGAGCCGGAGCCGGAGCCCCUGCUCCCCGAGCCCCGGCACACGCUGACGGUGCUGCUGGGCGGCUUGACCCUCGCCGAGUUCGAGCAUGUUAGCGACCAGUUCCGCCAACUCGUAGCGGACAUGGCUACCAUGUAUAUCAACGCGAACGGCGUUGAACCUGGCUUGAACACCACUUCAGAGAUCACCCAGCUAAUCUCAGCUUCCAUCUGCAACGUGGCAUGGCCGGGCUACGAGCAGUGCUCGCAAGUGCAAUUCUCCGUGCCGCUGGUGUACGAAGACGAGGAGGAAGGGACCCGGCUUAACAGCACCGACCUGCAGACCAUGUGGGAGACGUACGCGGGCGUGGAUCCCUUCACGGCCAGGUUCAGGCAGAUGGGAAUUGAGGAGUUCUCAGUGCCUAACGACGGCGGUGUGCUGACGGUGUGGCUUGUGGUUGCGCUGGGCGUGGUGGUCUCGGCCGCCAUGCUGGCGUUCGCGCUCUGGCGGUACAGUUGCUUCGAGGACUACUCUAGGAUGUCCGCACACACCGAUACAGACAGCCUUUACGAGAAACGCAGCUCGGGUCUCUACCCCACCCCCCACCAGAUGCUGCCGCCGCUGUACGCCGAGAAAGACUAUGAUUCCGCAAGAGUGGACAUGGGUGGGUUCACUAACCGUAGUUACGCGCACACCGACAUGUACGAUCUGGACUCCGACGAGGACGCCAUGCCUCGCGACAGGUACACCACAGACGUGUAGCCAACUAACCACUAAUAGUUACUAAUGCUUGCAUAAAAACUGAAAUGCCGGCAUACAACCGAGGAACCGAGGGACAUCUUCAGUGUAUGAAUCCCCUUAAAGAGGUAGAUAGAUAAUCCAAGAGAUUAAGGUGUUGAUUUGUGAUUUUACAAUAAUUACCCGUACAAACGUAACCAAAUAUUACAAAUAUAAUUUGAAAAAAUGUGUACCUAUGUUUUUCAUUGGUUACAUUUGUAUGUGAAAUAAUAUAUAUUAAUAGCGAUAUUAAAAUAUAAAUAAUAUAUAAAUCGUUAUAUACUUUAUCGCAGUAAAACUUUAGGGAAAUAGAAUUUAAGUGACCUACUGUUGUUGUGAUUUUUUUGACAUUCUGUUACAAGAUUUUUUGAUAAGUAUCUUCUUUUUCUUACAAAUAAAUUUUGAAAUGUUUUUUUA